AGUGAAGACUUCUCACUCUGCCGGUGCUGAGACCAUUGACACACAACACUGAUCGGUGUGUGAAACAAAAGAAACUUGUGUUAAACCCGGGCAGAGAAGAAACAAGCUAACCCUCCGACACCACGGAGAGAAACGGGACUUAAUAAGUCAGACUCUAACAAACUUUCAUCCAGGUAAAAAUAAAGUAGAAGACGUGUUUUCUUCAUGAUGUUGAGCGGAUAAUGAACAUUGAUUGUGAGCUACUUCAGAGCUUACAGAGCUGCACGCUGAGACCACAGACUGCUUCAGAGCACAGAGGUAAAUGGACGCGCAGCUGCUGUGCUGUGAGGGGGACAGGCCUGUUAUCCGGAGGGCCUACCGGGACUCCAACCUGUUGACUGACCGGGUCCUGCAGGCCCUGCUGCGGGCUGAGGACAAGUACCUCCCCGCUCCGAACUACUUCAAAUGCGUCCAGAAAGAGAUAGUCCCGUACAUGAGGAGGAUAGUGGCCACCUGGAUGCUGGAGGUUUGUGAGGAGCAGAAGUGUGAGGAAGACGUCUUCCCCCUGGCUAUGAACUACGUGGACCGCUUCCUGUCAGUAGAACCAACAAGGAAGACACACCUGCAGUUACUUGGAGCUGCCUGCAUGUUCCUGGCUUCAAAGCUGAAGGAGACAAUCCCCCUGACUGCAGAGAAACUCUGCAUCUACACCGACAACUCCGUCACUCCCUCACAGCUGCUGCAGAUGGAGCUGAUGGUCUUGAACAAGCUGAAGUGGGACCUGGCCUCUGUUACCCCUCUGGACUUCAUUGACCACUUCCUGUCUCAGCUGGCGGUCAGGAGGGAGAACAGACCGCUCCUCAGGAAGCACGCGCAGACGUUUGUGGCGCUCUGUGCUACAGACGUGAAGUUCAUAGCGAGUCCUCCAUCCAUGGUGGCAGCUGGCAGUAUGGUGGCAGCAGUGGAGGGUCUGCAGAUGAGGAUGGUUGGAAACACCUCCAUCUGUGAGAAACUGACGGAGCAGCUGGCUCAGACCAUCAGGAGCGACCCGGAUUGUCUCAGAGCAUGUCAGGAGCAGAUCGAGUCUCUGCUGGAGACCAGCCUCAGACAGGCGCAACAACAACACUCUGUCACCAUGGAAACUAAGAACAGCAGCGAGGGGCAGGACCUCUCAGCGACGCCUACAGACGUCAGAGACAUCAACAUCUGACGAAGAAGGAGACUCCUGACAUUAAAUUUUACACACUCACACCUGGCUUUGUUUCACGUGUGUGUGUUUGAUGAGCUCUGCAGGACUGACUGUGUCAGAGCUGUUUACAUGAUGUCCACGAUGAACUGUGCAGGGACCAGAAGACAAGCUGAUUGGACGGAGACACGUCCAGGACAAGCUUAAGACUGAGAAGCAGCUGACUGUGGGGAGCAGCUGAAACAGAAACAUGUUUACGUGCAGCUUUACCUCUGAGAACGCACACCCAGGUGUGUUCAGACCUGAAUCUGUCAAACCCUGAAGGACAACAUUGACACACUGAUAUGUUUUAAUAUCUGAAACUCACACCUGUUGUUAUUUUGAUGCAGAGUGUCCACAGUCUCUGGAAACACAGUUUGACAAGUUUAUUGAUCGGGUGUUGAUUCUUGCUGAUUUAACGCUGAAUUCAUGAUUCAAGGAUCGUUUGAUUCUUCAUGCUCACUUAACAUCACUGAUGUUAGGUUUGCUUACCUGUCUCCAGGCCUGUUUUUAUUCGAAGGUUAAAACAACAAAUAUACAGAGCUCAUGAAGUCCUGUAGAGGGGAUCAAUUUUAACUUGUGUGCACAAGACAGAAACACUCACUUCUGGCUCCUACACCCUGUUUAUUCUAACAACAGAAGGAUAUAAGGUUUGUCACAGUUAUCUUUGUGGUAGUAAUGAGAUGCUAGAACACAGGAAGCAAUAAUCGAGCUAACUGUGGGAUAGGGUUGUGACAUCAUGGAGAUUAAUGUUGUAGCUAUGAUCUAGCUAGUAAAGCAAAACUUUGUGAACCAAAAUGACUCCACAGAAAAUCUAUAUCAUUGCUUAGGGGUCCCGUAUUAAAUUAAAAGGUUCUCUCAAACAUCACUCAUCAAUAAAUCACUCUCUCACCAAGAAGAAUGGACUUGAUCUAACAGAGCAGAGCUUAUUACAAAAUAUCAACACAACAUGAGGCACAUCCCCCAACUAUGCCAGCAGAGGGCGCUUAUGGCACACAUCAAAUAUCCGUCUCAUUUUAACCACACAAUCAAAGAUAACGACGGGUAAAUAGUGACAGAUGAUGGAGUCAGUUCACCUGCUGCAUUCACACAGGUUAAUAAAAUGUGCACACAAGAUCAAAGUCAUCACCUCACGGGACUUCAGGGGCUCAGAGAAAAUACCAACAGGUUACUUUAUGAAUUUUAAAACUCAAAAACUUUUUUUACUGAACUUCUGAGAUUUCAGAGUUAAAGUGAAUUUAUUAUGAGUGUUUCAACAUGGUCAGUAACGUGUCUUUCCAGACAGAUGUGAAUGCAUAGUUUACAGUGGUGUUUCUCACAGAGGGGUCUCUAUAACUCUAUCAGUGGGUGACAGAAUGACAGACAGUGACUGACUGGACAUGAGUUUUAUGAACUUUAUGUCAUAAAAGACUUUAGAGCUUAAAUCAUAGCAGACAGGGGACAGUGGGAUGCACUGACCGACAUCUGUGGGAGACUUAAGUGAUAUUUUUGGGGACCUUGAUGUGGACACAUCUGAGAAUUUGAGAAAAUGAAAAUGAACAUUAUUUUCAGAACACCCCCUGCUUUCUGUGUGAGGUUUCAAACUAGGAGCAAAACUUCACAGGUGGGUGUAGUGUAAUUUUUUCACCACUAGAUAGAGUCACUUCACAGGGAUACAGCAGCCACCAAACAUUAAGGAUUGUCAGAAGAGAAAACAGACAUUUAGCUUCAAUUUUGUCUGAUGGAGAGCAGUAAAAGUGGCCAUUGAUGGAUACUUUAAAUGAAAAUCACUUCUGAUUUCAUAUUCUGUGUUUGUCUCUGGAUUUUAUGCUAUUUAAAAGUAUGGAAGUGUGAAAAGACUAAAGAAACUGAAGCUGAAUUUAUCAUCCUAACUUAAAUGACAUUUCUUUGUUACGUCCAUCCACUUUCAUGUCAUCUGGAGAUUUUGUCCUCAGACAGUUGGAAACCACACGGACAGGAAGGCCUUCUUCGGACCCAUUCCCCAGUGAGACAGGUCCUGCAGCUCUGCUUUGCUCUGAUAUUUAUUUUUUCUACGUGUUCAGGGAGUUUACAGAUGGAGGUUGUGCUGCUCUGUGUGCAUGACUGUACAAUGGUUCUGAUGGGUCUUAAGAAAAGAGGAGAAGAAUAGAUUGUUCACUGUGGUAUGAUAUUUUUUAACAGAAGCUUGUACAAGGUUCAUGAUGUGUCUGUGUUUGAAUGAACAGUGAGGAUCAAUUAAAGGAAGACUGUCUGAUAAAACUUU